AACUCUAAUUAUGAUAACAUGCUAUAAAACUAUUUAAAAACAACAAUAUUAAAAUUGAAAAUUCUUUUUCACUUAAUACUAAAUAUUUCUAUUCCAGAAAACAUGAAUGAGAAUUAUUUAAGAAAUGAUUCGUCCAAAACCUCAUCCUCCAGCAUUCUGUCAGAUUUUGAUACCUCCUCUCUUCUCUCCAUCCUCAAUACUGUGAACAGCAGGUCUACUGUUCCUCACCCUCCUCCUCCACCAUCGGGUGGAGCCUUUAUGUCCAGAACCUACUCUAGUCUUGAUUCUCUCAGAUCCAACCCGGAGCAGCAGUCGGAUACAGGAUACAGAUACAAUCCUGGGCUACGCUCAAGCUUAAAUCCUUAUGAUCUUGAUCAAACCAGAUCAUACUCAGAGCUUACCUCUUCUGAUCCGUUCCUGGAGAGGGUCGAAGGGAGACGGAUUCUAGGAGCAAAUCCUGAACCUAAUACCUUUCCUAGCAGUGGAUCCAAAGAAAAAUAUGAUCCGCUGGAUUCUUUAGAGGAUCCUAUUGAAAAACAGACAAUUCAGGCCCAACCCAUAUUGGAUUCUAAAUUAUUUUCAAGAACUGACAAUGAAAUUGAUCCCAGAAGUGAUUUAAGAAUUGUUGACAAGAUUGAUCCAAGAAGUGAUUCACGAUCAGAUCCAAGAAGUGAUCCAAGAAUGGACCCAAGACUUGACCCAAAACUUGACUCAAGGGUUGAUCCAAGACUUGACCCAAGACUUGAUCCAAGACUUGACCCAAGGCUUGACACAAGACUUGACCCAAGGCUUGACCCAAGGCUUGAUCCAAGACUUGAACCAAGACUUGAUCCGAGACUUGACCCAAGGCUUGAUCCAAGACUUGAACCAAGACUUGAUCCAAGACUUGAUCCAAGACUUGACCCAAGACUUGACCCAAGACUUGAUCCAAGACUUGAUCCAUUACUUUAUCCAAUACUUGAUACAACGCUUAAUCCAGGACUUAAUCCUAAAACAGAUCCUAGGAUUGAUCCAAGAAUGAAUCAACAAAUUACUGUCAUUGCUGGAGAGUUAAAAAGAGGAACAACACCCUUGCUGGACGAAAGGACAGUGAGAGAUAAUUCUUCAGAUAGAUAUUCUAGAAGUUUUUCUGAUAGAAGAGAUAUUUCUCCAAACAGGAACCCAGCCAGAACCUAUUCUUCUCUUGGUAGAGACGGGUUGAAAAGAGAAAACUCUCCGAGAAGAGAGAGAGAUUGGAAGAGUCCUCCUAAAGUAGUUACCAUCUUAGAUUUAUCUCCUAAACGGGUCUACACUAGAGAUUUAUCACCUAGGAGAGUCUAUAAUAGAGAUAUAUCAUCUAGCAGAGAAGGAAGGGAAACUUCAUAUCGGAAAGACAGGGACCGUUCCCCUAGACGUGAUUUUAGGGUUAUAUCUCCCCGCAGAGAUCAAACUCGAAGAGAUAUUUCUCCACGUAGAGAUCAAGAUCAGAGACGUAUUUUACCACAUAAAGAUGAGGACAGAAGAAAUGGUUCUCCACGCAGAGAUCAAGACAUGAGAAAUAUAUCUCCACGUAGAGAGCAUGACAGAAGAAAUCUUUCUCCAAGAAGAGAUAAUGAUCAAGACAGAAGAUACAUUUCUCCACAUAGAGAUCAAGAUCGUAGAAAUCUUUCUCCACGUAGAGAUCAAGAUCGGAAAAAUCUUUCUCCACGUAGAGAUAAAAAUCAGAGAAACAUUUCUCCUCGUAGAGAUCAAGAUAGGAAAAAUACUUCUCCACAGAGAGAUCAAGACAGGACAUAUGUUUCUCUGCGUAAAGAUCAGGAUAAGCGAAACAUUUCUCCACGUAGAGAUCAUGAUAGGCGAAACAUUUCUCCACGUAGAGAUCAUGAUAGGCGAAACAUUUCUCCACGCAGAAACCAAGACAAGAAACCUGUUUCUCCACGUAGAGAUCAUGGCCGCAGAGAUAUUUCUCCACGUAGAGAUCAGGACAGAAGAAUUGUUUCUCCACAUAGAGAUCAGAAUAGGCGAAACAUUUCUCCACGCAGAAACCAAGACAGGAAACCUGUUUCUCCGCGCAGAGAUAGUUCUCCACGUAGAGAUCCGGACAGAAGAAUUAUUUCUCCACGAAAAGGUCCAUACACAAGGAACAUAUCUCCAGGAAGAGGUAGAAAGCUAAGUGAUGAAAGGGAUAUGGCAAUAGAGAAUAUAAGGGUUAAGACGGAAAGGAAUAUUCUGGAAGUAUCUCCUGUUAAAAGGAUACAAGCUUCUCCUCUUAGCCUACUUGACUAUCCUGAUAAUCAAGAAAAGAUUCCUGGAAACCAAUUCGUGCCGGAGAAACCCAGUUGGAUUGCGACAGAAAAAUCAACUGCUGUAGAAGAGCUUAGUAAAGAGGUUGUAAACCAUGAGUGUAAACUGGUUGUGUACGAUAAGAGCUUAAACGCCGGAAUUAUUCAGUUCAGUAUCAACAACUCUACAGCAUUCGGAUACUUUCACGAAAGCGUUUUUAUUUCGGAGACUAUCGAACCCCUGGAUAAACAGUUCCGACUUGGAGAUUCAUUAAAGUUCCACGGCUACCUGGUGAACAGCAUGAAUAAGAUCUCGUAUGUGGUCAGUAUCCUUUGGCCUCCUCACACAAACAUUCAAAUAGGGUUUGUCAGGCCUCAGAAUGAAGAUCUGGAAAAGUAUAUUCAACAGGCUAGCUUAUUAGAGCCUAAAAUACCGUGGUAUACUAAAGACAAGGAUGUCAGAAGCUCUAGUAUUUGUAGGCAGGAAAUUAGAACAUCUGACGAAAAAAGAAUAGUAAAUCACUUAGAGCAUGGGGAAAUUAAGAUAAAGCUAGAAAACAAUCUUGAGAAAACUGAGAAAUAUUUGGAAAAGGAUGAACUUAUCUCUGCUUCUAGUUGUAGACAAGAUACAAAUUCCUUUGUGUUAAACUCUUAUGGAAGGCUAGUUUCACCCAUUAGAACCUCAUCAAGAAAGUCAAGGCCAUCAGGACAGAAUGCUGGUAGAUCAAAAUCUCCAGUUUCUCGUUCUAAUGAAAGACCAAGAUCUCCAACAGUGAAAUUGAAGAGAAGAUCAAGAUCUCCAGUUUCCAGGUCUGUAAGAUCAAAGUCACCAAUUUCCAGGUCUGCAAGAGCAAAAUCACCUGAUUCCAGGUCUAAAAGAUCAAAAUCCCCAGUUUCCAGGUCCAGAAAAUCUAAAUCCCCAGUUUCUAGGUCUAAAAGAUCAAAAUCGCCAGUUAUCAGGUCUAAAAAAACAAGGUCCCUGAAUUCAAUGUCUAAACGAUCUAAAUCUCCAAUGGUUUCUAAAUCACCAAUUAAAAAUGAAGGAGGGUCAAACAAAAAUUCCAGAGAUUCCAAAAUGUCUGCUGCCAAACAGUUUGAUGAUGUUGUCAAUAGAUUAAUUCUUGAAGCAGAGGAAAGACUGGCUGCUAAAAUGGAACAAAUAGAAGAGCUAAAGAAAAAUGUAAACACUGGCAAAGAUAUUGAUCUUAGAUGCAACAAGCAGAUAGAUAAAGAAUCUUCUUCAGCAUUCUUAAAUGAUAAUCCAGCAAGAUCCAGUAACAUAACCUUUCUGGGAAAUCCUUUUGAUUUCUCAACAAAUGACAGAAAAGAAAAUCCACAAAUGAUCGGAGAAUUCGGUACCAACUUUGAAGAUAUAUUUACUGGACCAACAGUGUUGCGUAAAGGUUUAAAUCAAGAUCAUGAAAAUCUAGAUGAAAUUGAUGAGGAUAACCCAUUUGAUUCAAGAUUACAACGGAAGAAAGACAAACUAAAGCCUCUCUCUGCAGAUGAGGAACUGGAUUUGUUAUUUUCAAACAAUACACAAGCUUCAAGAUCCAUGGAGAAUCCAAACAUUGAUUCAGCAGAUGAGGACAACCCCUUUGACUCAAGGCAGUCUUUGAGAAAACGCAAAGACUUACAUGAAACAUCAAGUGAACUGAUUACCAAGGAAAAAGACGAACUGGAAAGGAAAAUGUCUUUCAACUGCAAGAAGGAUGAAGACUCUCAGUCUGAGGAAAUAAACCAAAAAUUGAUGAUUGAAAGUAAAAAAGAAAAAUUAAAGCAAAAAAUCCUGUCUAAAGUUCUUGAGCGUCGCUUGGCUAAUCGACUAAAAGAAAAAGACCAAGUGAAGUCUAAAAAUAAAUCAAAUGAAAAACAAGAAGACAUUGAAUUAUCUUUACCCAUGGAGGUAUUAGAAGAUCCAGACUUGGAGAUGUCACCCUUCUGGACACCCUCUAAAGUUCAUGUUAUUGAUUUAAAUACUAAAAAGUUUAAACCUACAUUUACAGAAGUUUCUGUGACAGAGAGCUUGUUAUCUGUUAAGGAUAUACCUGAUAGAUCUAAAAAAAUCCAACGUCACCCUCCUAAACCUGUAAAACCUGUAAAAAGUAAAACUCCGUUACCUGAGGUACCUCCCCCUCCUAAACUUGGUGAGGCUAAACCCUCAAAACCACCUGCGCCUGUUAAUGUGGAUAUUCCAGAACCUCCCUCCCCUCCCAGAAUUAGAGCGGGUAAAAUGUCAAAGAUGGAAAUAGAGCAGAAGAAAAAAACAUCUUCUUCCUCUGCCUCUGCCUCAUUAUUGCAUGUAGAAAAUAUUGAACUUCCCCAGACAAGUACACAAGUUCCCCAGACAAGUACACAAGUUCCCCAGACAAGUACACAAGUUCCCCAGACAAUUACACAAGUUCCCCAGACAAGUACACUAGUUACUCAGACAAGUACACAAGUUAGCCAACAACUUUCAGUUCCUGAAAAUACAUUUAUGAAGGGUCCUAUUCCAGAGACAACAUUUACCAGUGUGCACACUAGUGAAAACAUAUUCAUGAGUGCUGAAAUUCCUAAUAAUCCUUAUUUUGGUGCCCAAAUUCUGAACAAUUCAUUUAUGGGGAGUCAAAUGCCAGAACAGGCCUUAAUGCAUUCAUCUUGGAUGUCAGGAACCACAGAUGCAAGACCUGCCAUUCUCGGAAGUGGGCCACAGAUGGAAAGUACAAUUUGUCAUAGACAAAUUUCUGGAACUUCUUUUUUGACAGGAGUGACCCAAGAAGCAUCAAAUGAUAUCCUCAGCAGUACAAAUGAUGAUUUCAUUACUGUUCCAACGGGACACAAUAAGGAUUUUACCACCAUUAGUUCCAAAACCUAUAAACAAAUCUCUAGUUUUGAUCCUGAAAAGAUAGAUAUCCAGAAUGUCGUCGUCGGAGAUGAAAAUAUUGUACGAAUGGCUCCUCUUUAUCCGCUAAAGGAAACGGAUAAGUUGAUCUGGCAUAAUAAUCCAGUUCUAUGGAUCUCUACUGAAGCCUCUUUAGGGGAUAUGGUUUCUAUUCUUGAAGACACCAUGGCACGUCUCUUCUUUCAAUAUAAAUCUAAAGACACACACAUUCUCAUAUUUACUGGAUUGGCUGAUAUCCCCACUUUAAAUAUCGGAAACGCUUUCAACAUGUUUCUCGAAAUUAUUGAAACGGCAAUUACCUUCAACUUCAGCAAUAAUGCCAACUUUAGCAUCAGCUUUGGAGAAAUCCAGUUUCAGGGAACUAAGGCCGGACGCAAUCAUGACGUUAAGACGUUUCUCUUGAAUGAAGUGAUCAGAGUGAUCAAUCAUUAUUUCCUUCAAGCGCAGUCAAUAAAGCUUUGGAAGCUUGGGACUGAGCCUGUUGUUGACCUCAAUAUUCCUAAUCUUAUUAAUGUUCUUCAUGCGGACAUGAAACUGCGAGUGGAAAACUAUGUGUCAAGGAACGGGUUUAAUCCCGCAACUCUCUUCAAAAUCAAUAAAUAUAUUCGACUGUCAUUGAUUAAACGGUUUGAUGCGAUGGGGCAAAUUAUGAAGAAAGAGUAUCCCCUUCCAACUGGGAUGGAUAAGGAUGGAAAUGAGAUAGUUUUAAAGUCUCCCAUUACCCCUUUAAUGUACAGUCAUCUCUCUCUGUGUGAUAUACUAGUCUCUAGGGUUAAAAGGAAGCUGGAACUAGAGUCAGGGUUGACCACCAGUAUUCCCCUGAUCCCCCGACCUUCCUGGGAUAUUGCAGAAGUUCUUGUUCUCCCUAGAUUCUGAACUUGUAUGUCCUCUUUGUAAUGUUGUGGUCAUGUUACAAUACAAAUUUAUAUGUAACA